AUGAAGGGUGGCAGACAGCAGGAUUGGACCCUAAAUUGGUUUGAAGCGGUGGCAGUAUCCCGCCCUAGGCAACUGGCCAAAAGCAAUUCCAAAGCUGAAGACACAGGGGGCAGUGAUCAGCGUGCUGUGCCCAGCAGUAGAAUGGUAUUUGAAGAUUUCAAAUCGGAAGGGAAUAAGAGUGUACAAAUCCCCUUAAGAGAUACAAGAACCAGCGACAGCUCUCAGGAAGAAGGAAUAGACCAAUGGGCCAGGAGACGGAAAAUGUUCAAAGACAGCAAAAAGUGUGGUUCCACUGGAGGGAGCUCUAUCAACAGUACUAUCACCGAGGGAUCAGGGAAUUCAGAAGAUGCCCGUUCAGUAGAUCUCAGCUUACGUAGUGACAAUGAAGAAAGAGGUUUCUACACAGAAAACUUUCAUUCAGCUGCUUGGGUUUUCCGAGGGGAUGAUGUCAGUCCAGAUAACAGCCCCAGAUGCCUCAGCAAAAGGAACAGGCCAGUAGCAAUUCGUGAGCGAAUAGUGAAGAUUGCAAAAGGAACUGGUCACUACCCUUGGGGAUUUCGGAUCCAGUUUUCAAAGCCUAUCCUUGUCACUGAGGUGGAUACUAACAGUGCGGCUGAGGAAGCAGGGCUUCAAGUUGGGGAUAUUUUGAUAGCUGUCAAUGGAACAGAUGUCACCAGCAUGCCGCAUUCAGAAGCUGCAAACCUGGCAAGAAAAGGUCCUGAUAUCUUGACCUUGUUGGUUGGAUCAGACAUCAGUCGCUACCCCAAUACUCCUAGACCAACAUGUCGAGGAUAUUUGCACAAACGAACUCAGUCAGCCAUCCUGAAGGGCUGGAGGAAGAGAUGGUUUGUGCUGAAACAUAACGGCUACCUCCACUAUUACAAACAUAAGAAGGAUGAAGGAAAGUGCAAACCUCUGGAGGUGACAAAAUUGGAAGGGGCAGAAAUUGGCAUUGACACCGGCCUGGGGAAACCAUUUGUUUUUAAGUGCAUACCUCAAACUGGAAACAGGAUUUUCCACUUCUGUGCAACUUCAAGCCAAGAGAUGAAGAGGUGGUUGGAAGCCAUGGAUAAAGCUGUGCAUCCCAUCCAACAGAACCAUGUAUGGGUAGAUGUCACCCUGUACAACACGAGCCUGCCACCCCUCGCUAUCAAAAACCCAGAGUGCCUGGGUCUUCUCCACCAACUAGACAAAACCAAGGAUGUCUGGGUUCAGCACUACUGCAUUUUGAAGGAUGGUUGCUUGUAUUUUUAUGCCAGCAUUCGGUCCAUACAUGCCAUAGGUGGGAUUUACCUGCAGGGUUAUACUGUGAGUGAACAGUCUCUGGGCUCCAGGAGAUCUGUAAUUGAAAUGAAACCUCCCUCUGAAGAAUUUAAAACCUUCCACCUAUGUGCAGAGAAUGUAAAUGAAAACAAACGAUGGGUUACAGCUUUGAAAGCCUCCAUUAACAAAUGGUUGCCCCUACACCAGGCCAUUCAAGACUUUAUGAAUCGACCACUGGAGGAGACAAGGAUGUGAUGAAAAAUCUGAUUUUUCUUUUCACUUCCACCACACAAUAGCUUGCAAGACCAUAUCGUCCAAAGACACAAAUUUCAAAAAGAUUUUUUUUUUAGGGAAUGUUAGCAUUGGUAUA